AUGACACUCACAGUAGGCUACAUCGGCCUCGGCAAAGCCGGCGCCUCAAUGGCAUCCAACAUCCCUCGCGCCGGCUUCAAGCUGAUCGUCCGGGACGCCGAUCCCGAACGCGAAAGAUCAUUCGCCAGCGCCAAUCCCGGCACAACAAUCGCGGAGGCAGGUCCAUCUGGCUUUAAAGAUGUGGACGUGCUCGUUACUAUGCUACCCCAGGGCAAAGUCGUUCGCGAGGUGAUGCUGGGAAGCGACGGGAUCGCCCAGGGCCUGAAGAAAGACGCCAUCGUUAUCGACACGUCUUCAUCUUCUCCGUACGAUACCAUGUCACUGGGCGCAGACCUCAAGGUUCAAGGUCUGGUGCUGAUCGACUCGCCUGUAACGCAGGCACACUUACAUGAUACCGAUACAGGCGAUGCAACAUUCAUGGUUGGCUGCGACGAUCAAGCUGCAUUCGACCGAGCACUGCCUGUGCUGCAGUCGAUGGCCAAGUAUGUCUUCCACAUGGGCAAAUUAGGCGCCGGUCACGCCAUGAAGACGCUCAACAACUACGUCUCCGCGGCAUCCAUCGUCGCGCUGUCUGAUGCACUGGUGACAGGCCAGAAGAUCGGACUCGACCCUGUCCAGAUGAUCGACGUGCUCAAUGUAGGCACUGGGCGGAACUUUUCAACCACGGACAGCUACCAGAGCGAUGCCUUGCCGAGGAAGUAUGCGAGUGGCUUUCAACUGGCGCUGCUGAUCAAGGACGUUGGGAUCGCGAAGAGUGUGUUUGAGCACGAAGGCUUCGAGACUGAGAUGCCUGGUCUUGUGAACAGGUACUUUCAGGAUGCCAUGGACACUUUGAAGCCUGAUGCCGAUCACACGGAGCUACUGAAGAGGUGGGAGCAGCGCGCAGGGAUCGAAUUGAAGACUGGUCAGCCUUGUGGCGGUACCGUGACGGCCAUGAAGAAGUAA